AUGAAUGACUCAAACGGUAGAACCUACCUCAAUGCUGUCACAGUCAACACCAAGGAAUCCAGGCUGUUUUCGCCAUUGCACUCGAGUCCUCCAGCGUUGCUCCUCCCGACCGACUACCCGAACUACCUCGGGAGUCCCCAGACCCCGUUCCACCAUCCCUUCAGUCCACUGAGCACCCAUGCCCACCCUGUCUUGUCUCACCACGGCCAUGCAUGGAUGGAGGAGGAAGGGGAGGACAGCAACGAGAGCUCCCUCCCCUCCACCGUGGACAUGCGGGCCCUCCGCGACUCGCCGGCGCACCCUGCCGUUUUUUCACCCGAGAAGCGGCCCGAACCCUCGGGACCACCCACUAACUCAACAGUUGGUAGCUGGAGUGCUGGGGGAGAGGAAGACUCAAAUUAUGAUGCCGAAGGGGAGACAACAUCGGGUUCUGAAGACGAAGACGAGGACGAUGAUGGCUCUGGAUCUCAUUCAAGUCGAGAGGGAAGCGACUCGGAGAGUAGCGGUCGGAGCAGCAGCGUCAGUUCCGGUGGAUCGGGAUCGGAGUCCGACGGACACGAGAGCGACCGGGACUCGAGCAGCUCCUCCUCCUCCUCCAUCGUUCGCAAGAAGACCUCCCUGAUGAAAAAUAAAGCCCACGUCGACUUGAACGGACACGUGAAUGAAGACUUGAAGCCCCUGACUCCCUCGGUGAAAAAUGAGAAGAAACCUCAUACGGACAAGAAGAACGAAAAUGUUGCCCCCCUCGGUGAAAGUGUCAUUGAGGACAAGAAACAUCAUGUGAAUCACAGUGAAUCGCAUAAGUUCAAAACACCUUCUUGUGAAGCGAGGAAACCUCACUCCUCAAACUCUGGAACCUCGGACGUCCAGAAGCCGACCCCGGGAAAGCGAGAGAACAACAGGUUGGACCACCACCGACCGGUUGCAAAGCCAUCUCCAAAGAAAGCGGAGCGCGAUCUCGGCAGGUCGGCAGAGACGACGAGCACGAGCGAGACCUCGUGCACGUCCAAUGCAUCUGCCAUCAUGGAUGCGGUGAGACUGAGCCCAAAGAAGCGGAUGUGUCGCGUGGAGAGCGACGGUGCCGUGACGACCAAGCCCGUCGAACGCCGUGCGCCGAUCGGGAAGAGGCCCGAGAGCGCGAACGAGACCGGGAAGACCCCCAAGUCGCGCCAGAAGCCAGUGAGACACGGCGUGAGGGAGCUGGUGCGGCGCGAGUCAUGGAAGCACGGAGAGAGCCCGGGCUCCACCUCGUCCGAGAAGGCGCCGCGCAAGGACGACGAGCUUCGGAUCUCGCGCCUGGCGAAGGAGCUGGAGCAGAUCGGCAAGGAUGGCAUCUCAAAGUCAGCUGAUAGCCUGCAGGAAAUCGGGCAAGAGGACUUGAACGCCAUCCUGCCGGACCUCUCCUCGACGGUGGAGAAGGAGGAAGUGCGCGUCACGUUCGAGAGUCUCGAAGGGCAGAGCUCCGACGAGGAGAACUCGGGCCGGCUCGUGUCCGAGGUCCUGCAGAAGCUGGACUCCUCGUGCGACGACCAGGCGCCGGCCCAGUCGAGGAAGGCGGCGUCGAGACGGAGGAGGUCGUCCGGCGCGCCGACGCGGAAGUCGAGGCGGACGCAGUCGCCGGUGCGGCCGUCGCAGUCGGCGAGGAAGGAAGAUCCGGUGAAGAAGGAAGAUCCGGCGAGGAAGGAAGAUCCGGUGAGGAAGGAAGAUCCGGCGAGGAAGGAAGAUCCGGCGAGGAAGAACGUCCGGCUCGGGGACUCGGCGAAGCGGGAGGCGCACGAGGCCCGGGGCGAGAGGAAGCACCGGACCGAGCGGAAGCGAAGACGGCGGCGGAGGAGCCGGGGAGCCCCGUCGUCCGACUCCGGAUUCGCGCUGCAGCCGGAUCUGGACCGCGUGGUCGAGUUCAACUGCCGGCUGAAGGAGAGGAAGAUCUUGGAGAGCGAGAAUCUCUUGAACCGGCCCGAGAGCGAGCUGGCCAUCAAGGGCCGGAUCCCGAUCGCGCAGUCGGACGAUGCGCUGUUGCUCCUGCCGGAGAUCCGGGCGAAACUGUCGCCCUGCCCGCAGCCGUGCUUCCAGGACAUCCAGAAGUCCCUGUCGGACGCGAAGGACAGGCCCGGUCGGUCGACGUCGUCCGCGAACGACCUCGACCCCGGAAGCAGUGCGACGACCGUGUCGGACUCGAGGGACCUGGGCGAAGACGCGGACGCGUCCCGCCGCGACCGCCCGCGCAAGCACCCGCACGGGCACCCGCACAGGCGCCACCACCAGUCGUGGCGGACGAAGCACCGGAACGUGCACGACCCCGUGUUGAUCUCCCACGUGGACAUCGUGGCCGACGACCUGGCCCGGAUCUGGAUCUCGAAGUGCUCCGUCGUCCCGGUGCCGAAGGCGGGGGAGGUCCUCCUCCCGACCAUCUUCUGCGGGCUCAAGAUGCUCAAGAAGAGGAAGCAGAGCGAGAAGUCGCGGGCGGCUGCGAAGGACGAUAGGGCGAGACGAUCGCCGACGUGGUCAGACUCGCCCGAAGACUUGAAAUUCUCUGUGGUCCGCAGGGGAGCGGAGAAAGGAGAGAAAGGCUGGAAGUGGGACAACGGACGGAUCUCGCACGACCGGGGGAAGGUCCCCGCCGACGCGCCGCCCCGCGGGGCCGACUCCCUCUGGCCGGACGCGGACCACCGGGAGAAGGGCGGGAAGAGGGGUCGCAGCCGGAAGCCCACCGGCUCCGAGGAGACGUGCGAGCAGAGGCUGCCCCUGAAGAAGAGGCACCGGCACAUGAACACGGUGCCGCUCAGCCCGAGCCAGGACGCGCCGCCGCCGACGUCGCACCCGGCGGAGAAGGAGGCGAGGGCGAAGAGCGAGGCGCGGGGGAAGGCGGAGGCGAAGCCCGGGAAGGGCAAGGCGAAGGGGGAGGCGGAGGAGGUCGAGGCGAAGCCCGGGAAGGGGAAGGCGAAGGGGGAGGCGGAGGAGGUGGAGGCGCUGCCGUGCCUCGAGCGGACGGACGCGCCGGAGACGCACCACAGGCUCACGCCGAAGAAGCGACACAAGCUGCACGCGGUGCAGGAAUCCACGUCCGGCGAGAGGCCCGGCGACGAAGCGCGCGGUGAUAAGCACCCGGGCCAGGCCGACGGGGGUCGUCGCCUGUGCGACGCGAGCGAGCCCCCGGUCCUGAAGCGCAAGGUCGGGAAAGAACUCGCCCUGGACCCGAAAAAGGUCCCGAUGCAGAUGCCGGUCCUGGAGCCGGAGACUAGUCACGAGGAGGCGAAGAAGCCGCGGAAGCGGCGCAGGUUCAAUCGGACGGGUUUCCCGUCGUCGAGGAAGAAGAAGCGGCUCAUCGCCCUCGAGAAGUAUCUGGCCGACGACGACCUGCCGACCUUCGCGAUCUCGCAGAAGGCGAGGAAGAGGCAUCGCCACCGCCGCCGACACCCCUUUUCCUCCCGGAAGCAGAUGAUCAUGCGGAAGAACAAGGUUCUCGUCCAGAAGAAGUCGCUGCCGCGGCGCGAGGCCAGGAAGCGGCUGCUGGAGACCGAGGGCAGGAGCCCGCAGAAGCGGUACAAAGUUCUCGACAGCGACAGCGACGAUUCUGACAGGGGGGAGUUGCGGUUCACGUGUCCGUUGGUGCUGGAGUCGUGCGGGGACGAGGAGGAGGAGGAGGAGGAAGGGUCGACGGACAGUCGGGAGUUGACGGUGCACUCUCCGGUGCAGAGGAGGGUGGUGCGGCUGAGUUCGAGGCUGCCGCGGAAGCGGUAUCUCGGGGCGGGGCUCUUCUCGGAUGACUUCAAGGGGGAUCAGAACGACAGGGCCAAAGAUCGCAGAGAAGAAGGAAGAGACGAGAAGGAGAAAGUCGUGGAGGAGGGAGAGGGGCAUCUGUCCUUCCCGGGUCCGUGCUACUGUUCCCGUUGGGUGCGACAGAGGCGGAUGGACUUCCGGCUGCCGUACGACAUGUGGUGGCUCCAUUCCAACAACAAGCUCCCUCAGCCCGUGUCUUCUGUCCCCUCGUGGAACUACCGAAAACUUCGUACCAAUUUCUAUUACGACGUGAAGCCGGUGCAGCAGGAGAUGCAGGCCUGCAGCUGCAAACCGCCCAGGAAGGGGGAGAAGGCGUGCGGGGAGGAAUGCCUGAAUCGCAUGAUCCUGGCGGAAUGCAGUCCUCAGCUGUGCCCCUGCGGGAGCGACUGCGGGAACCAGCGCAUCCAGCGUCACCAGUGGGCCCCCGGUCUCACGCGGUUCAUGACGCCCGACAAGGGAUGGGGGAUCUCGACGAAGGAAGUGAUUCCGGCCGGGGAGUUCAUCCUGGAGUACCUGGGUGAAGUGGUGAGCGAGAAGGAGUUUCGUAAUCGCAUGCAGGACCGAUACCUCGACGAUACCCAUCAUUACUGCCUUUACCUUGAUGCGGGGUUGGUCAUCGAUGGGCACCGCAUGGGGGGGGAAGGUCGGUUCGUGAAUCACUCGUGCGACCCCAACUGCGAGAUGCAGAAGUGGCUCGUGAACGGGCUGUAUCGCAUGGCCCUCUUCGCCAAGCGAGACAUCAAGGCGGGCGAGGAGCUGGGCUACGACUACAACUUCUCGCUCUUCAACGCGGCCGAGGGUCAGGUGUGCAGGUGCGGGAGCGAGAAUUGCCGCGAGGUGAUCGGGGGGCGCGGGGCCAACGGGGGGAACGGGAAGGGGCCGAGGGAGAGGAAGAAGAAGGAGCAGCCGCCGAAGGCGCCGAGCGAGCCGCCGAUGCCGCUUCGUCCGCAGGAUCUCAUCGCCGUGAAGGCGCUCACGGCGGCGCAGAGGGCGUACGUGCAGGAGCAUGCGGUCUUCCUCUGCCGGAACUUGGAAAAGGUUCGUCGAAUACGAGAGCUGCUCACCAUGGGUUAUACCACCAAGGGAGAGCCUGGAUGGAAUGGAGCUGCUGAUUUGUCUUCUAGUGUAAUUACCCCGGAGAAGUCCCAAGAAGAGGCGUUCCUGACGCACUUCACGGCAUUGCACACGGCCCGGUCGAUGCGAACGCGUCGUCUCGCACAAGCAGACGACGAUCCGACGAUCGCCCGGACCGCCCGCCUCGCCCAGGUCUUCCGGGAGAUAUUUUCCACUGUGAUACGUGCCAAAGUGGGAGAGAAUGGGAAGAGUGUGCCGGGGGAGGUUCUCAGCUUCCCGUCUCGCAAGAAGCAUCCUGAGUUCUAUCAGAAUGUGGCCGGGGGGGACCUGGUGGAUCUUCCCACCAUCGAGAAGAAUAUCGUGACGGGGCAUUACAAGACUCCCGAGGAGUUCGAUCAGGACUUUCAGAAGCUCUUCUGGACUUUUCAGAGACAUUACGGGUCGUCUUCGGAAAUCGGGACGGCGGUGAGGCGAUUGAGGUGCAUUUACAACGAAGCGAAGCAGGAGAUGGUGAGCCCGAUCCAGGACGUCCUCGGGUUCGUUCCGGCGUGCUUCCAGGUGCAGAAGCCGCAGCCGAAGAGCACCACUGGGGAAGAGGACACGGUGCGUUGCAUAUGCAACCUGGUGCGAGAGGAGGGACUGAUGGUGCAGUGUGAGCGCUGUGUCGUGUGGCAGCACUGUGAUUGCAUGGACGUUGCGGAAGGAUCGGCGGAGCAUUACGUCUGUGAGAAGUGCGAUGGGCGGGCGGUCGACUUGGAGGUCCCGGUGCGACCGGUCGCCCUGGCGCCGACACCGACGAGUGGGGAAAUGGUCACCUUCUACCUCACGCUGCUUCGAGACGAUGGACUUCAAGUCCGGCAGACCGAAUUCAUGUACGUGAUGCGUGACGUCCCGGCCGAUCGACUGGAUUCCUCCAUCGAACACGCACGAAAUACCUACAGCCAAGGUGGCUUCGAGGCAGAGAACCACGACAUCUUCUGCAUCGAGAAGCUUUGGAAGACCCAGAGCGGAGAGCGGAUGGCAUUCGGUCAUCACUAUCUCCGGCCCCACGAGACGUUCCACGAGCCGACUCGCAAGUUCUACGUGAACGAGGUGAUGAGGGUUCCCUUGUACGAGGUGAUCCCCAUUCGUCUCCUGGUCGGGCAGUGCUGGGUCCUGGACGUGAAGACUUUUGCACGCGGUCGGCCGAUCCCGUGUCGCGAGGAGCACGUCUACGUGUGCGAGUUCCGGGUCGACAAAGCCGCUCGCAUGUUCUCCAAACUCAACAAGCCAAAAUUCCCUCUCUGCAUGAAGCCGUUUGCCUUCGAACGAUUCGAAACCCCGCUGAAACUGCAGAGGAACUUUGAGCCGCACAAAAUCCCAGUGGAAUUCACAAAGAAGCAGGGUGGUGGAAACGAGGGUCCGGGGAAGAAGAAAUCGGGGAAGGGAUCCAAGAAGGAGGAAGAGAAAUCCUCCCUCCCCUUGGCUCUCUAUUCGAGGGUGAGUUACGAGCGUUUUCUGCGAAACCCCUCCCGUCUCCCUUCGCACCACCGUCUCCCUUCUCCCCGGCAGAAGCGGAUGAAGCGGGUCCCGCUGGACGUGAUCCUCAACCGCCUCCUCGCCUCCAUGCCGAUGAAGGACCCCGUGGACAUCAGCUACCUGCUGGACCGCAAGCGCGUCCGCAAGCGACCCAACUUCCUCGUCCCCUCCUGA